CAAAGCCUUUCAGACUCAGUCCUCACUCUUCCCCUUUUGUUACUGCUGGGAAUCGACUGCUCACUCUGCAACUAUGGCCAAGGACAUGACUCUUUUUUGGGGCUCCGGCUCUCCUCCCUGCUGGAGGGUCAUGAUCGCACUGGAGGAGAAGAAUCUGCAGGGCUACAACAGCAAAAUGCUGUCCUUUGAAAAAGGGGAGCACAAGUCGAAGGAAGUCGCUGCCAUCAAUCCCAGGGGUCAGCUUCCAGCCUUCAAACAUGGAGACGUUGUCCUGAACGAGUCAUAUGGUGCUUGCAUUUACCUGGAGGAGCAGUUCAAGUCCCAAGGAAACAAGCUGGCGCCUGACAACAAAGCUGAGAGCGCACUGAUGUACCAGCGCAUGUUUGAGGGGCUUACACUUUUCCAGAAACUGGCACAAUCACUGUUCUACACUCGGUUCGUCCCAGAAAACGAGAGGCACGACUCAGCCCAGAAGAGGAACACAGAGGAGCUCAAGGCUGAGGUCAAACUGUGGGAGGGAUACCUGCAGAAAACCGGUCCAUACCUUGCAGGGAAAAGCUUUACUCUGGCUGACGUCAUCGUCUUCCCAGUCAUCGCUUUUCUCUUCCGCUUUGGCUUGAAUGAGGAGCACUUCCCUAAACUGGCAGCUUACUACAACACUGUGAAGGACAGACCAAGCAUCAAGAACUCCUGGCCUCCUACCUGGAAGGACACUCCAGGACAAAAUGCUCUGAAGGACUUCUAACUCUCACGCAAAAAAAGUUCUCUUUGUGUUGAAUUAUUAACCCUUUAUCCUCUGCUGCGCUACUGUAGAGGUUUAAUAUUGUUUUAAAGGCAAAUACUUAGUUUUUACUGUAAAGUCUCCCCUAAUUUCCUUUAAAGAUGUCUUUUGUGAUGUGAAUUAAAUAAAUA